AUGAAGCCGCACUCCAACUUGCUUUUUGAACAAGACUACCAUGUGGUGCUUAUCCAAGAGCCCUGGAUAUCCAACUUCCGAGAAUCAUUAUAUGUACUUGGAUGCGCCGCUGCGGUUUCGAUCCCAUCAAUUAUAAUUGCGUUUUACGUGAAUGAGCUAAUCAUGGUUCCUUAUCACCGAUGGCGGUAUUCAUCGCCAUCUGGCAGGAGCAGCCGUAAUCAACGACUGGGACCCUCCUCGGUGCACCGGAUGACGACGGAGGAGACACUGGACUCCUCCAUAGACAACGACUUUGUUUCAGUCGACACCUUCUGGAAGGGCGGCCGGACGACCGGUGGGGACAUUUCUCAGCAUCCGAUGGGCAAGUCUGCCUCUUCUUCACUAUAUGACAGAUUCCUCCGGAAGCCUCGGUAUCAAUAUCGCCAAACGGAUGACUGCGAAUGUGGCAAGGAGUAUUGA